CGCAUCCGGAGCGCGGCCCGGAUCCCGCGCCCACUCGACUAUUAUCCUCCACAUACGAUAAUUGCAUGUUAAGCCUUAUUCCAAUGGCUGUGUAUUUUGAAAGCUUCUAUGAAAGCGAUCGGUCGGCCUGACGCGGACGGGAGCACAGGCCGGCUGUGUCAGUGUGUGGAGUGCCAGUGACCGCUGUUGCAGGCCAUGGACCCGGAGAGCAAGGCGGAGACGCUGUGCCUGCAGCCGGUGGCCGACCACGCCGCGCCGCUGCACAAAGAAGAAGAUGAUUACGAUCCCCACGUCCACAGGCAACUUCCUAAACCAACCAACAACUUGGAGACGCUGGUGCACCUGCUGAAGUGCAGCCUGGGCACGGGCAUCCUGGCCAUGCCGCAGGCCUUCGCGCGCGCCGGGCUCGUCACCGGCGUCGUGGCCACCGUGCUGGUGGGCGCGCUCGUCACGCACUGCCUGCACGUGCUGGUGCGCGCGCAGUACGGCGCGUGCAAGCGGCUGCGCGUGCCGCUGCUGUCGUACCCGGCGGCCAUGGCGGCGGCGCUGCAGGCCGGCCCGCCCGCGCUGCGCCGCCUGGCGCGGCCCUCCACCGUCACCGUCGACGUCUUCCUCGUCGUCUACCAGCUCGGCAUCUGCUGCGUCUACAUCGUCUUUAUCGCUGACAACAUUAAAAAGGUGGUGGACACGCAGUACGAGAUGAGCACGGAGGUGCACAUGCUGAUCAUCCUGGGCCCGCUGAUCGCGUUCAACCUGAUCCCGUCGCUGAAGCUGCUGGCGCCGUUCUCGGCGCUGGCCAACGUGCUGACGUUCGCGGGGCUCGGCAUCGUGGUGUACUACCUGGUGACCGGCGAGCGCUCAUCCGAGCCGCUGGACCUGUGGGGCUCGCCGCACACCUUCCCGCUGUUCUUUGGGACCAUACUGUUCGCGCUCACUGCUGUAGGAGUGGUGAUCGCGCUGGAGAACAACAUGAAGACCCCGAAGGCGUUCGGCGAGCCGUGCGGCGUGCUCAACGUGGGCAUGAGCAUCAUCGUGCUGCUGUACGUGGCCAUCGGCGCGCUGGGCUACGUGUACUGCGUGGCCGACUGCAGCGACUCCAUCACGCUGGACCUGCCGCCCGGCCCGUUGGCGUCGUCGGUGAUCAUCAUGUUCGCGGUGGCCAUCUUCAUCAGCUACGGGCUGCACUGCUACGUGCCGGUGGAGGUGGUGUGGCGCGGCUACCUGCUGCCGCGCCUGCAGGCGGCCGGCUCGCGGCACCUGCGCCUGGCCGAGUACGCACUGCGCGUGGGCCUGUGCCUGCUCACCUUCGUGCUGGCGGUGGCGGUGCCGCGGCUGGGGCUGUUCAUCUCGCUGUUCGGCGCGCUGUGCCUGUCGGCGCUGGGCAUCUGCUUCCCGGCCGUGAUGGAGGCGUGCCUGAACGUGGCGCGCCGCGGCCCGCGCCUGCAGCUGGCCAAGGACGCGCUGCUGUUCGUGGUGGGCGUGGUGGGGCUGGUGGCCGGCACCUACACCGCGCUGCUCAGCAUCGUGCGCUCCUUCCAGCCCGAGCCCGUGCUCGCCGACGCCCACGCCCACGCCUAGGCCCGUGCGGCCGAUGCCUUCCGUAACGCUUUCCAUAUACAAACUAUUUACAUUAGCUGUAAGUAGAUAAACUCAAUUUUGUUCACCCAAUGUAAGUGCCUCUGCUACUGUUGCCUCCUUGUGAGUAGACAAGUUAGCUAUUGUAAAAUUUUGUAGGUAAAUUAUAUUAUUGAACAAACCAGUUAUUAUCUCCACCUAUAGCAUAAUUUUAUCAUACUUUUUGUAUUAAAGUAAUUAUUGUUACUAAUUAUCAUACUGUAGACCUAGUGCAUAUAAGUUUUUGUAUAGUUGUGUCAAAAACAUCUGGUUAUUACAACCGGUUUUUGGAACCGUUUCUUUGAUUGUGUUGAAAUUGGCGCAUUCAUUUUUUUUGUCUUUUUAUUUAAGGAGCUUUGUGAAAAUUCAAUUUGACUGAAACAUUUAAAAAGGUUUAACAGCACGAGUGUUCCAAUGGCCUCGUGAAUGGCCAAGCGCGCUCGCUGACCCAGCUGCUGCGGGUCCCCACACGAGCCGGUGAAUGAUGAUGAAGAAGCCGACUCCUUGCCCAGGCCCAUGCGGCGCCGCGGCCGUGGCUGUUGGCUCGGCCGCUGUUGCUGUUGAAUGACCGCGCUGCCACUAUUUAUUAAUUACAUUUCGUGUUUGUUCAUCGUUCAUGGGAAUAUGUGAACUAUUGCAGCAUGUAAAAAGUAGAGUUCCAUUAAGUGUAUAAUUCUUUACUACCGAAACGACUCCGCUCAAAUAUUGUAGAUUUAUUCGAAUGAUUCCGGUAUCAUACCACGUAUCUAAGAAUUCAUGAAGUUGCUACAUAGUGCAUGUUAUUGGGCGAUAGAGCAUUAGUAGUAGUAAAAUGAAAGAACCAAAAUAUAACUUGUUUUAAGUCUAAUGAGAUGACGGGAUGCGUGUUCAUUAAAGGUCAAUUUUAUAGCAGACAAGACAGUUUCAUAUUUUUACAUUUGGAGCAAAUUGCG